AUAAAAGUCACCGGCUGGACUUUUGAUCAGAAAUGAGACCCACGCAUGGAGGAAGUCCAAAAGUUGCAUCCAAAAGACAUGGUGUCCACCUCUGAAGGACAACUCUACCACAACACUUGCGACUCCUGCAGAACGAGCCUAGAACGUUACAUCUGGUCAGUUUAAACUAUACAUGUUCGUUGCCCAAAGAAUCGAGAGAAAAUCCCUAAUGUCAAUAUUAUGCUGAAAGAUAUAACUCAAAAGAUGAAGAGCACAAAAAGCCUUGAGUAUCCCACGGCCGGGGAAGUUGCUUGUGAUAUCUGCACCGAACCAAAGCUGAAGGCUGAGAAGUCCUGCCUGGUGUGUCUCACCUCAUAUUGUGCGCCCCACUUGGAGAAUCAUUAUUCAGCUAAAAGAUUGAAGGGCCACAAGCUGGUGGAACCGGUGAAGAACUUGGAUGCAAGGGCCUGCCUGACUCAUGGACACUCACUGGAGCUGUACAGCAGGAAGCAGCAGAAGUGCAUCUGUGUUCGAUGUAUCGAAGGAGGUCAAGAGGAAGUUGUCUCGACAGAAGAGGAAUGCCAAAACAAGAAGGCUGAACUUGAGUGGACCAAGACGACAUUACAACAAAGAGUCAUGAUGAGAAAAACAAAGAUGGUGGAGAUCAACAAGGCUCUGAAGAGUUGCAAGGAGCAGCUUGAGUGGUGGGACAUUGAGGCAGUGUUCACUGCUGUGAUUGCCAUAGUGGAGGCAGCCAAUGCAAAAGUAGUGAAACCGCUCCAAGACAGGAGGCAUGUGCUUGAAAAAGAAGCGAAAGAACUCAAAGACGAAUUGGAAGCUGAAAUCAACAGACUUGAGACGAUGAUCGCUGAACUGGACAACAUAUCUGCACUUGAGGAUCACAUCCAUUUCCUACAGAGGUACCCGUCAAUUUCCAUCCAGGAUGAUAUGAAAAACUGGACUGAUGUAAAACUUGACACUUCACUGGCAUUUGGUUCCGUGAGAGGAACCACAACAGCUAUGAUUAAAGAUAUUCAGCAAGAGCUGGAGAAGCUGGUCACCACUGAACUGAAGAGACUCGAAAAGUUCACAGUGGACAUAAAGCUGGACCCAAAGACCGCACACCGACGUCUGGUACUUUCACCUGAUGGAAAGGAAGUACGAGAUGGAGGAGAAAACCAGGAAGUUGCUGAUUCACCAAAGAGAUUCGACGUGUUGGGUAGCGUCAUGGGACUCAACAGCUUGACAGCUGGGAAGGCUUACUGGGAGGUGGAGGUCAACAACAAGACCGGAUGGGAUCUAGGUGUAGCCAGAGGCAGCGCCGACCGUAAAGGGAAACUGACGCUGAGCCCAGAUAAGGGUUACUGGGUUCUGGUACAUUAUGAAGCGGAGAACUACGCCGCCAUGACAGCACCACCCACCUGUCUUUUCCUCGAAGGAAAACCCAAUAAGGUGGGGGUGUUUGUGGACUACGAGGAAGGUUUGGUCUCUUUUUACAAUGCGACAACUCGGUCCCAUAUUUACUCUUUCACUGAGUGUUCAUUCAGAAAUGAGAUCUACCCGUAUUUCAGCCCACACUAUAAACAGGGUGAGAUGAACUCUGAAGCUUUGGUUAUUUCUAUCGGUCAACAUUCAGAAAUGGAUUAAUGGACUCAAUUCUUAGUUCAGCUUCAACUUCUUCACUUCACAACCUCCUGUCACAUCACAUUAACUCAGGUCAAGUCUGAAUUAUCAAUAUGGGCAUUUUUAACAAAGGUUUA